AUGGGCCUUCUGAACAAAACUAGUAAUGAAAGCAUAUUGAUGUAUGAAACCGCAGCUUUGGUUUCUUCAGGUAAUGGGCUGAACCCUUUGUUUGUCUCCCCGGAACCAACCGAGAAGCCACUUUCUCUGUUGUUUGAAGAAACUGUUGGUUUAACUGAAAAGGUUGGUGAAAGAGAAAGCCAGAGCCAAGACGAAAAUAAUAGGCUAAUGAGCAAAUCAAGGGAGUUGGAUAGAGAAGUUGGGGAGUUCAAGCCCGAAAAGGAAGCCGAAGAGAAAGUUGAGGGGGACAUACCCUGGAAAGUUAACAGUUUGGUUGGGUUGUUUGGGGGUGAAAGGAAGGAAGAAAAAGUGAAAAGGAUUGUGAAACCGAGGAGAGAGUCCGGGGAGGUAACAGCUUUGAAGGAUCUUUCGGUUUUUGUUGAGGCUUUCGUUAGGUAUUUGUUUUCAAUAGGGUAUUUUCACAAAGCUAAUUUCUUGGAGGACAACAAGUUGGAUUUUGGGCACUUUGAUAAUAAUUAUGCUAGAGGUUUUAUCAAGUUUUCUGCUUACGAGUUUGCUAAAGAUCAUCAAGAGAUUGCAAAAUGGCUGUCGGGCACACGCUUGAAGAAAGUCGCGGCCUUUGGCUGCCCUUCCCUGGAUAAAACCAAUGUCUUUGCUGCUAAGAGAUUGCGAAAAAUCUUUAAAAUUCAAGAAGGCACUGUUUGCAGUCGAUGCGUGUUAAAGGAUUCGUGCAGGUAUGCUAAUGAGGGUGUGUGGGGAAUUACAACAAAGAGUUUGCUUCUGGUCGAUGUCAUGAAGGUUAUCAUUUUAUAUGCCUUAGACCAAGUGCACCCCGAAGCUCAGAGUUCCGGAGGAAGUACGGGAUUCAACCAGCAAACUGCUGGAGGAGGCUACAAAGCUAAGUCAAACAUCAUGACAGAGGCUUCUAAAAUGUACCUACGGGUACUUGGGGUGAACUCGGCUGUAACUUAUUCACUAUCAUUUUGGCUGCUUACAUCGAUUCGUUUCGGAUCACUGUUACAGGAUAUGGAUAUGAUUGCAAGGAAUGCGGAUAAAGUUUUGUUGGUGGAAUCGAUGAUCUCACUGUCACAGCUGGUUUUGCAUUCAGAUAUACAUCCCACCGAUGAUUCUCAUUUCAGCGGUAAUUAUAAGCCGUAA